UGUGGACCCCAUAACCUCAAAGGGCCGCUCGAGCCAAAAUCGGGAGGUUGGCGCCGCGCGCUACGCUCGAAAGCGUAAAGCCCCCGUGUAUUUAUACUCGGGUACGGCCACCCCUCUCCAAGCGUUGUCUCUCACACGGCAAUGGACCUGCUCACGGAGAUGAGGGUGCCGACGAGGUCGGCGCCGAGGCCACCGGCUGAGAACCUGCCGAGCCAACGUAACAGCGGUCUCUGGUCCAGUAGCAACGAGUUUUUCGGCUCCGCGCUGCAGGCGCCCCAGAAAAAGAAGCCACCCCCUCGGCCUCCGCCACCGAAAUUCCAAACCAAGCAUGUAAAUAUGGAGGAAAAACCAAAGAAAGCGGUCCGGCCUACAGAGCUUUUAACGAAUUUGUUCGGGCGGCGCGUCUCGAAGCAUCAACAUCAACAGCAGCAUCACCAUCUGCAACAUCAUCACAGCAGCAGCAUCACCGCCAGCACCAGUACCAGCAACAAUAAUAACAACAGCAACGGCAACACUAAUAUUAGCAAUGAACAACAACAACAACAACAUCAACGGCUGGUAACACCUAAUGGCGUCGCGACGACCUUUCAGCUUUCGGCGCCGAAACUCGAUAGCAACAGCAGCGUCUGCCUCAUCGACUUGAGUCCCCCAGGCUCACCGACCUUCACGACGCGCUCGAGUAGCGAUGGCGUGAGCGUCGACAGCUUCGGCAGCGAUGGCAACUCCAAUCCUUCCCUCUUCGUCAGCAGUGGUAGUGCCUCCCAAACCGAGAGUGCCUUUGAGGACGAUUUCGAUUUCUUUGGGAGUCUCUCGAGCAGGAAGCAACAGCAACAGCAACAGCAACAGCAACAGCAUCAGCAACAGCAUUCCGGAGAUCCGUGGCGCAUCAGCUGCAGUCAGGAUCCUUUCGGCUCUCUCGAGAGCAGCGCGACGAGCUCCAAGACCACCGCCAACACCACCAGCUCUCAGCCGUGGCCGGUGACGACGAGUCAACGGGUGAAGGAGGUCGGCGACUCGAGCUUCUUCGCCUUCAACGACGGCGGUCUCUUCGAGCAGGCUCAAGUCCCGAGGAAACCCUUCGUCAUGCCGACCAUCAUUCGGGGAAAGCCGUGCAAGUCGAGCGCCCCCAAGCCCGCCCCCAGCAGGAUCAUACCCAGGAGCACCAACUACUCGAACGCCCCGCGGUUCCACCCAAGCCAGGAGGCUUCGUUCGCGAAGGACUUCUGGGACGAGGAGGCCUCCUCGCUCCCGAUGCCCUCCCAGCCGCCCCCGCCACCGCCGCCCGAAUGCAUCGCCGAGCUGGAGGACGGUUUGCCGGAGAACACGGAGCGUCCCUACGGCGUGGCUCUUUACGAUUUUGAGGCAUCGCAGGCCGGUGACCUAGAUUUAAAGGAGGGCGACGUCGUUUACUUGACCAAUCUGAUCAACGACAACUGGAUGGAGGGACGAGUGGGUGAUCGCGAAGGGAUAUUUCCCGUCAACUUCCUCGACGUCAAGAUCCCUCUGCCUGGUCAGAACGCGAAUGUCGUCAAUGCCCUUUACACAUUUAAGGCGGAAAUAACGGAGGAUCUGUCGUUCGAGGAAGGGGCGAGAAUCAAAGUUUUAUCGAGGAUAUCGGAUGAUUGGCUGUACGGAGAGUAUAAUGGCAAAAAGGGACAGUUUCCAGCAAAUUUUGUCGAUAAAGUUCCGAGUGAUCUCCCGAAACAUUUAUGAUGAUUAGUUACAUUUCAAUUAAUGGGUCUGAAAGCGACACGUGUAAGUCGGCAAAGGCAAGCUUUCCAC